CCGCUCUCCCACUUGCUGGAAGGCGGCAGUAUGAACAACGCAUACUAAACUCACAUGUGCGUCUCUGGCCAUUGACAAGGAACGUGUAUUGUAGCUGUCGAGGUCAUGUGACUGAAACGAGGGAACUCUGAGGACACCUUGAGCUCACCUGCCACAUUUCUUUCCUCUUCUCUCUCUCUCCAGGUCCAUCUGUGUUUCUCUCUCUUCCUCUGUGCUACACGCUGAAGAACAGGAUCCUACACGCAGAUCUCAUCAGGUGCUUGUCCCGCUGAGAGACUCCACAGGGCCCUGAAGCCGCCUCCUAAAUACGCCACCAAUCGUCACUGGAGUACCACCACCUAGACAGGAGUAAGGAGUGACCCCUUCACCUCUGGUUCAGAUGGCAGACGGUCGGCAGCCCGAGGACAGCGGCCCCCAGUGGUCAUCUCCGGGAGCCCAGGGCUCAUCCUCCCCAGGUGGGCAUGGAGAGAACGGCUUCUCUUCUACCUACAGGACUUGCCAGCCUGGCGGUGCCCACAGUGGUUCUGCCGCCUCCUACGCCAAAGAGAACGGCUUCAACGGAGACCUCACCUCUGGACACGCUGUGACUGCUGAGCAAGUAUCAGCGCGGAUCGUGCAGGAGGUUACGGCCGAAGCGGUAGCGGUACUGAAGGGAGAGCAGGAGCUGCAUCCGGACACUGCCGUCAGGCUGCCAUCAGUGGAGGACUCUGCAAACCUGCCGCCCUCACCUCCUCCGUCCCCAGCAGCAGAGCAUUUUGGGCCUUUGGAUCAAGAUGUAGGGGAUGAGGAGGAAGCAGGUCCUCUCCGCCGCUUCCAAAAUUCUCGCGAGAGGUGCAAGUUCCUCGCCCCCUCCAUCUCAGUGUCUGUGCCUGAGGAUGACCCCUACCACUCUGACGAGGAAUACUAUGAGCACCCUUUAUUCAGCCCAGAGUGGACGCGCUCUGGCUCUCGCCCCCCAGGGCAGGCCGCCGCGUUUAGACAGAUCGAAGCUGUGAAGAUGGAAGCAGAGCGACCAGACAGUGAAAGGACAGAUCCCAUUGGCAUGGACUUCACUGAAUCUGCAAUGCAUCUAGAUGAUGAACUCCCAUCUUACCAGAGCCUUGGCAGAGACACAGAUAUGCCAGAAAGCCCCUUUGCUCGAACAUGCCCCAUGGAGGAUUUUGAAGUGCCUCCAAGUGACCAGGGUCAUGCCAAAGAACCUUGCGAGACUCCAACUGAAAAGCCUGAUGUACAAAGUGGUGCUGUGAAACAGCCUUCAACCGAAACAUGUGACUCCAGCAAUAUCCAUGAGGUCAAACCAGCGCAAAUUGAAGACAAACAAAUGGAAAUAACAACAGAGGGGGACAUGAAGGACAAAUCUGGGAUGUCUGCUUAUUUUGAGACCACUACAAUUAAGACAGAUGCCUCCGGGUCUCAAGGAGAAGGGUAUUAUGAACUGAGUACUAAAUCAGAAGAACAGAAGGACUCUGUUGGUGACCUACCACUUCCUGAAAUCAGUUACAGCACCUUGGCCCAAACACACUCUUUGGAAGUCCAACCAGAUCUUCCGAACAGUAGCCCAGACACACUACACACUGCUUUACCUGUAGACAGAAGAGAUGACUGCAGACUGUCUCCUGGAAAACUGGCACUAGAGCAACGAAGUUACUCUUUAAAUAUUAGCAUUGGUGCAAUGGAUCAUGGUGAUGCCCAAGGACGUCCAAGAAACUUCUCUCCGUUAGCCACUGACAUCAUGUCUCAUACUAGUGGAAGCCUUGACGAAUCUGCCGAUUACCUUCCUGUCACCACUCCCUCAGUAGAGAAGCUCCCUCAGUUUCCACCACUGAUCCUGGAGACAACUGCCUCUACCACAACUCCAUCAUCUUCACCUCCCCAGGCAACAGUCACUGAUGUAAAGACAAGUCCACAGUCAGAGUCUCCAGAAUCCCCUGUCCAAGCUAAGAGCUGUUAUAAGAACGGCACCGUCAUGGCCCCAGACUUGCCUGAAAUGCUGGACUUGGCAGGUACUCGAUCAAGGUUGACAUCUGACAACACUGACCCAGAGAUUAUGAGAAGGAAGUCUGUCCCAAUGGACAUGUCUUCUCUAGUAAGUGAUUCUUUUGCACAUUUGUUCAAAGGUGACCAGGGCCAGAUGGCUACAAAGAGAGAAAUGCAGUUGGAGGAGCAAGGAUAUUGUGUUUUUAGUGAAUACUCUGGUCCCAUGCCGUCGCCUGCGGAUGUGCACAGUCCAAUGGACUCAUCUCCUCAAAUCUUCAACACUGUGAUAUCAGAGGAGAAGGAAACUGGUCUUGUUGCAUUUGGACAACAGGAGUGUCCAUCGACUGAAGAUCUGAAACCAACAGAGGUUGUUAAGCCACAGGCAAAACCAGAAGAAGAAAAGCAGAAGAAUGAAGAAUCCUUUGAAAUUGAAAGUACACCUUCUGAAAAACCUCCUGUACAGACUAAGCAAGAGGAGUCUGAUCUUUUGAAGACUGAACAUUUGGAAGAAACUAAGAGUCCAACUUUACCUGAUAAUGAGAAAGGACAGUUAGACAAACAAGCUGAAACCUUUAUCACGCCGAAGGUGACGGUAACUAUGGAAGACGCAAAGCCUGAUCUUGAUGCAGGUUCCAAACUUGCAGCUGAAACCGAAGCUGAAAUAGCUGACUAUGAGAGGCAAAUUCGCAAAUUGGAGAUGGAGGACCGACCUUUGAGUGUAGAGGAGGAACGGGAGCUCCAGGAACUCAGGGAGAAGGUGAAGAAUAAACCAGACCUUGUGCAUCAGGAAGCUUAUGAAGAGGUAGAUGCAGAGGAUGUAUACCAACUCACUGGAGCUGCAAAGGACAGAAUUGCUCGGCCCAUCAGACCAUCCCCAGCAUCUUCUGUAGAAAGUGCUACCGAUGAGGAGAAAAUGCAUGUUAGUGACACUGAAAAACCUAGAUCACCAGGUGAGAAAGAAGCUCUUAAAACAGAUCCUAAUAGAUUAUCUCCUGUUGGGUCUUUUGAGAAAUAUUUUAGAGAGGAGAGACCUUCUGAGCAGGAGGUAAAGCAGAAAGACUCAGUACAGCCCCUCAAAGAGAAAGUUGCUGAGGAGAAACCUCAGCCAGCUCCUUCCAAGACAGACGAGGCUCCUCUUGACACCACAGUAACUCAAGAAGUAGAGGAAGAGGUGGAGCUUGCUGAGGAGCCUGAUGAGGUCAUGCCAGAACCAAAACCAGCACUUAAUGUGGAAGAGAAGCCGGUGGUAGAUACAACUGAACCAGAUGAGGUUGUGGUUGAAAAAGAGGAGGAAAAACUGGUUGAGAAAGAAGAAGUGGAAGAUGAGGAAAUCUUGGAAGGGGCCAAAGCUGCAGAAGACACUGCUGAGCCUAGAGCUGCGAUUGAGUCAGUAGUGACAGUGGAAGAUGACUUUAUUACAGUAGUGCAGACCAUUGAUGAGAGCGAAGUCUCUGGACACAGUGUACGCUUCUCAGCUCCACUUGAGAAGGAACAUCAACAGCUCCUCCAAGAGGAAGAAGAGGAGGAGGAGUCUGUGGAAAUGGCACAGGAAGUAGAGAUGGAGGCUCCCAGUUUGGAGGAAGCUAUAGAUGUUCCAGAGCCUGUUGAGCCUCCUGUAUGUCCAGCUAAAGAGAUAGAAGUACCAGAGAGUGAGGCCCCAACCCAAAGCUAUGAUGACUACAAAGAUGAAACUACCAUUGAUGACUCCAUCUUAGACAGCUCCUGGGUGGAUACUCAAGAUGAUGAUAAGAGCAUGGCCACAGAGAAAAUUGAGCCUCUACCGAGAGUGAUGAGCCCUGUCAAGAAACCACCCGCGGAGAAACCAGCGAAACAGAGGGCUAAAGGCGGCAGGACCAAAGGACGAAUCACCACCCCUGAACGCAAACCUGUUCGCAAAGAGCCGGUACCCAUCCAGAAGGAUGAGAUUAAGAAGAAAAAAGCUGUGAUUAAGAAGGCUGAGCUCACAAAAAAAUAUGAUAUUCAGACAUGCUCUCCUUCCCGGAAGAGUGUUUUAAAGGCUACCGUAAGGCACCCUAGGCCUACCCAACAUCACGCGUGUGUUAAGCGGAAACCCACAGUGUCUGCAGAUGGUCGACUGCCCUUCAGUGUGGCCAGGCACUCCAGAGACAGAGCAUCUACCUCCAAUCCCACAACACUAACAAAGAUCCCCACUUCUAAAAUUCGGGCAGAGGCUUUGCUGCCAGCCCGGCCGAACUCGGCCAGCUCCUCCAAUAAAAGGAGCGCAUUGGUGGAGGCAGAUCUUUAUGAGCCCCGCCCUUCCUCAGCGGGCCCACAAGUAUCGCUAAAUUCAUAUGCUGUAAAGGAUGGUGGUUCUCGGAGCCCAGAGAAAAGGUCAUCCCUUCCACGGCCAGCAUCCAUAUUAACUCGCCGCCCACACAUGGCUGAUCAUGAGGAGAGCUCCACUUCCAUUACCAGCUCUGGGUCCACAGCACCACGCAGGCCCACAUCGUUCCGUACUGAAGUCAAAGCAGAGCACAGGACAGGCAGGUCUCAUAGUAUGACAGGUGUAGAGACUGCUCGGUCCCGUUCGGCCCGCAGUGGCACCUCCACACCCCGCACACCCGGGUCCACAGCCAUCACCCCUGGAACCCCUCCCAGCUACUCCUGCCGUACUCCAGGCACCCCCCACACUCCAGGCACCCCCAAGUCUCUCAGCCUGUUGUCCCAGGAAAAGAGAGUGGCCAUCAUCCGAACACCUCCAAAAUCCCCGGCGACUACACCCAAACAGCUGCGCAUCAUUAACCAGCCACUGCCUGACCUCAAGAACGUCAAAUCCAAGAUCGGUUCUAUUGACAACAUCAAGUACCAGCCCAAGGGGGGCCAGGUUCAAAUUCAGACUAAGAAGAUUGAUCUUAGUCAUGUGACCUCCAAGUGUGGAUCACUGGAUAACAUCCGCCACAGGCCAGGCGGUGGUAAUGUGCGCAUUGAAAGUGUGAAGCUUGGCUUCAGAGACAAAGCCCAUGCAAAGGUGGGCUCCCUGGAGAACGCCCACCAUACGCCUGGAGGAGGACAUGUACAGAUCGAAAGCCAUAAGACGAUGUUCCGUGACGUGGCUAAAGCACGCGUGGAUCACGGGGCGGAGAUUGUGAUCGAGACACUCCGGCUGUCAGGCGGCACCUCCCCUCACCGGCACAGCCACAUGUCUUCGUCCGGAAGCAUCAACAUGCUGGAGUCGCCACAGCUGGCCACGCUGGCCGAUGAUGUGACUGCCGCCCUGGCCAAACAAGGCUUGUGAAUCCCCCAAAACGUCUCCCUCCGCUCAGUCUACAGUAGUCCCCUUCAGUGGUGUCGCAGUUCACCUGUCCUCCCUCUGGUAUUUAUGGAACAUUACAGAUUCACUUCUCAUAUUCACACUUUCCUCUUCAUCAACCAACAAUCUCGCAGAAACCCUGCCGUGACUGUCGGAAAUGGAAAAAAUUGUAUCUGUUUUAUUUUAUUUGAUUUCAUUUUAAUGAAUAACGCCUUAGCUAGAGAGGUACCAGUGCUUUUUAUUACCCAUGAUACAUGUGACUUUUUAUGGUUGUGUACAGACAGUGGCCUCAAAAGCUGGUUUAGGGUCAGCGUCAGGUGUGUUGCGUAAAAGUCGGUCGAUCUGAAUUUUUGAUAUACAGGAAUGUGGCGCGACGAUCUCAUGCUGCACGUGUUAUUUUGCCCAUUCAGUGCAUGGACUCUUCAACAUCUCAACUGCGAGUCACGUACGAUCAAACACGAUAUACAUUAUAAGGGAAUAUAUUUAUAAAUAUGCCAGCUCUUCGUCUCAACAUCUAAUGCUCAACCGAAAAAAGAAACGAUUACUCCUUCGAUAACUUAUACCUGUACAAUUGCAUUUGAAAAAAAAAAAACCUAGAUAGUAUGACGAGCAUGUAUUCUAGUACACAAAAGAGGCUAUUUUCUAUUUCAAGGGGUUUUAGUAAGUUAUUUGCUGAAACAUUGAAUAAAAUGAACACAUCAUGUUUUGUAGAUACUAGCGACGAUGUUUAGCUUGGAUGACCGCACCUCUGCCUUCGCUGUCGUUAAGAAAUCGUUGCUUCCGUGGAUCUUUGUCGGUACACAGUUUAAGCAGAUUCGUGCUUCAAUUUACACAAAACCAUGAUGUUACGGUUACGCAAAGACAUUCAAGGGCUCCAGGUAUACAUGAAUCAUGUAAGAUCUGCUCAAAUUUGCUCAAAGUCUUGAGGUGUGAACUGUACCACCAUUUUUCAGAGUCGAGAUGGGAACGGAUCUGUCCGAGCAAGAUUGGUGGUGCUGCGGCC